UUCAGUUUGAGUUCAGCCGUCUUCGCAGAAAGUUAUACACCUGCGCCGCGCUCUCGCUCUUUUUGGCCCGCUACACCGCGUGCUCUCUCUUUCGUUGCAAGAUCCCCAAAAAGAGAGAAACGGAGAACUAUUUAAAACGCACUUCGUGCCACUAUUUCCUCAGUGGUAAAAAAUAUACAGUUAAAAACAGUUUUGUUAUUGUUUACUUUUUACCGUUUACCGUUAGCCAUAAAGUGACAGAUUUUUAAUAAAAACCAACUGUGUAACCGCUGUCUGCAGCGUUUUGUUUAAAAAAAUUAUGCGCGCCUUUGUUUAUUUCAAAAUAAAAACCAUUUUUGCCUUUCCCACCACAAAAAGAACGCAUUUGUGAUAAAGAGCUAACGAAAAUUAAGAAGGAAAGGGAGAAUAAAUAACCCAUAAAUAUUGAAAAUACAUAAAAAAGUUCGCAAAAAUAAAAACCUCAACCGAAACCUGCCUCACAGUACACACACACACACGCGUUUAUCCAACGAUAACGUCAUCCGCCCCGUCAACAGUAUUAAAGUUAAUCUGAAAAGUGCUCGAAUCUUUUGUUUUCAAUCAUUAUAAUUGUAAUAAAACAACUACACAAAUUAUAAAUAAUAAUACCAACAAUAACAGCAACUGUAGCCAAGGUUGCCGCGAACUUUUUAUUUGUUGUUGCUUUUUCGCCGCGUGGAGGAGCUGUCAACUCAACAUUUCUGCCGACUGCGCUGUUGCCGUUACAUUUCAGUUGCCAUCGCAUAAAAACAAAACAGAGAGCGCCAAAUCGCCACAGAAACAGCAAAUUUACAUAGCGUUAUACAACGCAGCGGCGCGUGCUUCGACUGCCAGUGCAGAAUCCCAAGUGAAGUCCCCGAGUUUCCAAUUGUAACACCACGCAAUUCCUUUUGGCCAUUAUGAAGCGUCUGAUGACCUGGGAGCGCGAUCUCGUGGAUGCCAUGUACGAGUAUCGGCAGACACGCUUCAGCUCGCGGCGUGUUAGAAAACGUGUGGUCUUCAAGCAUGGCGAGUGCAACGUUGUGCAGGGAAACGUGGCCAAAAGACGUCGUCGAUAUCUGCAGGACAUCUUCACCACCCUGGUGGACGCUCAGUGGCGCUGGACGCUGCUCGUGUUUGCCGCCAGCUUCGUCUUUUCCUGGGCCUUUUUCGGGUUCAUCUGGUGGAUCAUCGCCUAUGCGCACAACGACCUGGAGUACACUCAGCUGAAGAAUACGUCGCCGGAUCUGGUGGCCAAUAUGACGCACACGGUCUGUGUGACGUCGGUGUCGAACAUGAUGUCCGCCUUUCUGUACUCCGUGGAAACCCAGACGACGAUCGGCUAUGGCAAUCGCUAUGUGACGGAGGAGUGCCCGGAAGCCAUAUUCACCAUGUGCAUCCAAUGCAUCACAGGAGUUUUCAUCCAGGCGUUUAUGGUGGGCAUUGUGUUUGCCAAGCUGUCGCGACCCAAGAAGCGUGCCCAGACACUGCUCUUCUCCCGCAACGCUGUGAUCUGCCACCGAGAUGGAGUUCCGUGUUUGAUGUUCCGCGUGGGCGACAUGCGCAAGUCGCACAUCAUCGAGGCUCAUGUGCGGGCCCAGAUCAUUCGCAAGAAGGUGACGAAGGAGGGCGAAGUGCUGCCCUUCUACCAGCAGGAGCUGCAUAUUGGAGCCGACGGUGGCGAGGACCGGCUGAUGUUCAUCUGGCCCACGACCAUAGUGCACAAGAUCGAUAGGAAUAGUCCGUUGUACAUGCUGUCCGCCUCGGAUAUGCUGAAGGAACGCUUCGAAGUGGUGGUUAUGCUGGAGGGUGUCAUCGAGUCCACUGGCAUGACCACGCAGGCCAGGAGCAGCUAUCUGCCCUCAGAGGUGCUGUGGGGCCAUCGCUUCGUGAAUGUAGUGUCCUUCCGCAAGGAGACCGGCGAGUACGAGGUGGACUACACGCUAUUCAACAACACCUACGACGUGGAUACGCCGCUGUGCAGUGCCAAGCAGCUGGACGAGCUCAAGUCGGAGUACACAAAGAGCGCCAAGAGCUGUCCCGGCCUAGGUGUGAAUGCAUCCUUUGCGGAUCGCACGCUCUCGGCCAGCUUGUUUCAGCGAAUUGCCUCCGCCGCCUCGGUGGAUCAUCUGGAUCCGGCGAGCGACGAAUCGCUGGACUCGGGCCGCCUGCAGAUACGCUCCCAUUCCAUACCCAACGGCGUGUUGGCCAGCGAGCUGGAGCCGCUGAAUAACAACAAGCACGGCGCUUCGUUCACCAUGGGUGGCCUGACCAUCACAACGACGGCGCCCAGCAUCCCCAACCUAUCCAGUAUUAACGAGAAGACCAACUCCGGCAAUUCCAUAAACAGCAGCAACUACAGCAAUAACAACAGUCUGAGCACGCUGACCGGAGGAGGAAGUGCUGCCAGCGGACCCGGAGGAGGGAUCACCAUUGUGGCCGGCUCCGGGAACCAUGUUGGCGGAGGAGGAGGCGGCGGUGGUAGGCACAAGUCGAACCCCCGUCGGCUGAGCAUCAAGCAGGACCAGCUGCCCAUCGAUUCCAUUUGUUGAUAUUAUUAAUUGAGAGGCGCCCCUGCCCUGGCCGUCAGUUAACUGAUGUUGUAUUCUAGUUAAGCGUAGUCUCCCACCAUAAUUCUAACUAAAACUAAGCUAAGCGAGAUUCCAUGGAGAGCUCAUCUGUCAUAGCCAUAGAGCUGCUGCAGCUGUGAACACCCGUCAAAAUCCCCCUUUCCUGCUGAAGUGGAGGCAAUCUGAUUGUUACCCACCCACCCACUAACCCCUGAAACAAUUGUACAUGUAUAGGCUAAGCUAAUGAAUGGUUCAUGUUGUUAGCUUUACUUGUAUUGAAUUUACUAUAGUUAAGUUACGAAUUGAUAUUACCGCAAAGUAAGAUGUGAGACACAGAAACCAAAAUGCUGCAACUUCCUCGUAAGCUUAGACCUCUAGAGAAAUGUUUAAAAAGCUCACUGAAUAUGAAAUGAAUAUGAAAUUUAUGCAAAGGCGCAACGGAAUUGUAAAUUCCCUUUUACCCGAUAAUAAUGAUUAAAUAUUACUCACUCCAAUGAGAUAGAAAAUGUAAAUUUAAAACAAUAAAACUGUUUCAAAAACAAGAGCUUCAAUUAUUAUAAUGAGUGGACAAUAAAAUUGUAUGAGUAUGUGAAUGAUUGAUUGAUGUAUUUUAUUUUUAAGCGACACCCAGAUUAUGAAUAUGGAGAAUAUAUCUUAAGAUGAAAA